CCCCCUACCUCUAGCCUUCCCAAAAUUUUCGAAUUUGUUUUCGCACCCAGAGAGAGAGAGAGAGAGAGAGAGAAGGUAUCUGUCGGUCGUGAAGUUUGAGAGAUGGCUCGUACCAAGCAGACUGCUCGUAAGUCCACUGGAGGAAAGGCUCCCAGGAAGCAACUUGCCACUAAGGCAGCUCGUAAGUCGGCCCCAACCACUGGUGGUGUUAAGAAGCCUCACAGAUACCGCCCUGGAACUGUCGCCCUUCGUGAAAUUCGCAAGUACCAGAAGAGUACCGAGCUCCUGAUCAGGAAGCUCCCUUUCCAGAGGCUUGUCCGUGAAAUUGCUCAGGACUUCAAGACUGACCUGCGUUUCCAGAGUCAUGCCGUGCUGGCUCUGCAGGAGGCAGCCGAGGCCUACCUUGUGGGUCUUUUUGAAGACACCAACUUGUGUGCCAUCCAUGCCAAGCGGGUGACGAUUAUGCCCAAGGAUAUCCAGUUGGCGAGGAGGAUCAGGGGAGAGCGUGCUUAAAGGAGAGGAUGGUGGUUGGAACUGGUGGUGCUUCGUUGGUGGUGUUUUUGUUGGACUUUCUUUCUAUUAAGUGAUAUAUGGAUAUAGGUAGUGUUAGUUUUAGUAAAUGUGGUUGUAGGUUUAGCAGUUCCAUAAGGAAAUCUAGGGUGGUGCAAGUGCUUUUGGGGGUGUGAAGUGAAAGGGGGGGUAAUGGAUCUGUGUCAAGCAGUGGCAUAUUUGUUGUCUAAACAACUCGGUUCCUAUUGUCGUACUAGUGUUGUCGUUGGAACAAUGAUUUCUCAUAUUUGCAUCUAAUGUAUUUCAAUUUCAUUA